AUGGGCUGUGCAUCUUCCCGCCCAGCCAGCCACACCUCGCACCCCCCGAUCGGCGGCCACCACUCUUCACACAGACACAUACAUGCAGAUAUGUCCUCGUUUGACACCUACCGGGGCACAUCUUACACCCCCAAACCGCCUCCACCCGUCGCACGAGGCCACUCUCCACACCACCACAGCCCCUACAAACCCUUUGAUUUCUACAUCUCACACAACCAUCAUGGCGAAUACGGUAAGUCCACCAGUAUUCACUACCCUCAAACACACACCUGCUACGCCCGCGACAUCAGCCCGCCGCGGCACCGCAACGAGAUGCCGCGCCGCCAUGCGAACCACCGGUAUCGCGAUGUGAGUCCACUGGGCUCGUCGCGGUUUGAGCAGCUGUUUGGGCGGGCGUAUAUUGGGAACGGGAGGAUUGGGGUGACGGCGGGGUGUAAUUUUAGAGGUGGAGGGAUUGGGGGGUGGGAGAAUUGGUGA